UAGUGAAAUUGAUCUGACGUGGAAUUGGUGCCACUCUCCUCCAGGUGUUAAGUUUUGAUUCUACCGCCCACCUUCCGAUCAGUCGAGUGACUCCCCCAACUCUCUCUCCUCUCCGCCAUUAACAAGGUCUUUGCUAUCAUAUAGUGAUGCCGGAAACUCACAAUUGGGGGGAGAUUAUUGGAGUUCAAGUGUGAGUGGGUUAGUCUGACAUUGACUAUGAAUGAUUUGAAUGGAGGAUAUAUAUAAGAGAGGGGGCCCAUAUUCUCAAUGCCUUAAUACUUUGAGUGGAGAUCAUGUGGUGUCCCAAUCAUGUUGGCCCUGAUCGUUAGCUUGUUGAUGCUCCCGACGCUUCUCGGGGCCUGUCAAACACGAUGUGUGUUUUAACUUGGUGCUUAUUUAUGAAUGGAGAUUGGAGAGGAAUGUCAUAAAUUUCAUAGAUAAUUCUUUGAUGUUAGCUUAACUCUUAAGAUAAAUUAAUCUUCUUAGCCACCUUAUGGUAUUCAGAUAAUGGUUUUACCAAAGUGGGUUCCUGUUUGGACAUUUGUAGGAAGACUGGUAUAAUUUUCUUUUUUAAUUAGCUUGCUGGGGUUAUUUUAGGCUUGCUUGCUUUUGUUCUCUUUCAAGUAGAUGUCUUAUCCUUGGUUCUCGUAUGGCUCUGUUUGGCAAGGCAAAACUGCUAGCUUAUAGCGGAUAAACUUACAGAAUCAAAUAUUCAAUAUAGAGGUUUUGGUUCUCUAAGUCAACUUUCAGUUUUUGAUUAUUGAGGAUGGUGCUGGUCUUGGCCCUAGGGGAUAUGCACAUACCCCAUAGGGCGCCUGAUAUUCCUGCGAAGUUCAAAUCCAUGCUUGUCCCUGGCAAGAUCCAGCACAUCAUUUGUACUGGAAACUUGUGUAUUAAAGAAGUCCAUGACUACCUAAAGACUCUUUGUCCUGACCUGCAUAUAACUCGUGGUGAGUAUGAUGAAGAUUCAAGAUAUCCAGAGACCAAGACACUAACCAUUGGCCAAUUUAAGUUGGGACUGUGCCAUGGUCAUCAGGUUAUUCCAUGGGGAGACCUGGACUCGCUGGCGAUGCUACAGAGACAGCUUGAUGUAGAUAUCCUUGUCACAGGUCACACCCAUCAGUUUACUGCUUACAAACAUGAGGGUGGUGUGGUUAUAAAUCCAGGUUCUGCAUCUGGUGCCUACAGCAGCAUGACCUAUGACGUGAACCCAAGUUUUGUGCUCAUGGACAUCGAUGCUCUGCGUGUCGUGGUCUAUGUAUAUGAACUUAUUGAUGGAGAGGUUAAGGUUGACAAGAUUGAUUUUAAGAAAACAUCGACAAGCGUCCCUGCUCUUUGAACAUUUGGGUCUUAGUUUCUUUUUAUCUUUCCUUUUCUAUUUGGUUGUUCAGUGUUUUUUUUCUCUCUCCUUCAAAGUUCAUAUGGAUGUUAUUGUUUGAAGUUUGAAACACAUCUAUUUGGCAAUAUCUUAGGAUUUGAAAAUUUGUGAUCUGUGAGGAACUUAUGUGACUGAUUAGCAAUGGUUCUGUGUACCCCUUUUACCAGUGAUUGGUCUAGAGAUCUUAUGCUACAAAAUGUUUGUUAAGUAGAAGAGACAGGUGGGGUUUAGCAUGGGAAAGGCUAUUUUUUCCCACCAUGGGAAAGUUGUUUUUGAACCAUUUGAUUUAAGAACAUUGAUCUUAUGAUAGUCUCUUCACA